CGGACAGCACUUUCGACAGUGGCCAGGGCUCCACUGUGUACUCGGACUCCCAGAGCAGCCAGCAGAGCAUGGUGCUCAGCUCCCUCGUGGACACGACUCCAACCCCAGCCUCGUGUGUGUGCAGCCCCCCUGUGAGUGAGGGGCCUGGCCUGACCCACAACCUGCCUGCACUAGGGGCUUUCCAGCAGCCGGCCACUGUGCCUGGCCUGUCAGUAGGCCCUGUGCCACCCCCUGCGCGCCCUCCACUCAUUCAGCAGCAUUUUCCAGAACCUUCCAUGAGCUUCACUCCUGUACUACCACCACCCAGUACCCCUGUGCCCAUGGGCCCAAGCCAGCCAGCACCCCCAGUCCAGCAG